AUGUUCCCUCCGGCGCAAGGAUGCGCCGCGAUAACCUCCGCCAAUCCCUCCGCGAUUCCCCCUUCUGACUGGGCUCUGAAUUCCGGCUCUCCGCCAAUAGACUCUGUCGUCUCUGCCGCAUCGCCGAUUUUCUCUUCAUACGAAGCGAACCUCGAGGUUGUCCCAGACGGACUCUCUCACACUAUAAGUACUUCGGCCGAUGAGAGCCAACAGAACCCCCUUCCGUCCGGCUAUGGCAUCCAUUUCUCUCCCUCCAGCGAUAUUUAUCUUCGCCAGCAGGGAACCGACGGUACGGUUCAAGCGGAGGAACCUAACGCCUGUGCCACCGUGGCAUGCACGGAAGAGAUCCACCUGGAGGCUUAUCCGCCAGGUCAGCCUGUUCCGUCAGGGUCGUCGGGCCACCUCAGCAGCGCGGCGUCGGGGCUUGACUGGGACCAGGUGCGAUAUCUGCUGGCGGACGGAACGGAUGCGGAAGAGAAGGGGGGAGGAAUUGAGGGGAUGGAUGGAAUAGAUGGAAGGGGAGGGUGGGGGAGGAGUGGCGGAGGGGAAAGGGAGGAGAAGGUCGGUCAGCUGAGACCCCUUCUGCCCGUUGGGAACGAUGUGGUUGCCGCAACUCCUGUCGCUUCCGCUGUCGUUCCUCCUCCCCCUUCCGCUUCCCCCUCCCCGUUGUCCGCUGUGGUGGCGGAGGAUGGCCCGGUCUUCCUCCCUGCUUGCCCGGACGGCUGCGAUUGCGCAGGCUGCCAGCUGUUGCAUUUUCAUUGGCUGGACCGGUUUUCUCCCGCGCCCUGUUCUGGGAUGGGGGAGGGCCGUGGAUGGGAUGAGCGGAAAGGGGACGACGCGGGGAGGAGGGGAACGUGCAGCGCAGAAGUGCUGUUGCGGAGGGAUGAAACAGGCGCGGGAGCAAAAGGGGACGCAGGAGCAAGAGUGGGCGGAGGAACAACGUUGAGCGGAGGAGCUCGGGGGUGCGGAGGGGCGGAAAGGGGCGGAGCCGGAACAGGUGGGGGCGCGGGGGCGGAGGAGAAAGCAGGCGCAGGGACGACUCAAGAGUCCUUAGAGCCUGCUUUAGGCGCAGCAGGCGCGGUCAGCCUGUGGCAGCCCGCCGCAGGCCCCCCUCCCCCCACGCCCGUCUCUUGGAAAGGCCGCUUGAACUCCUCCCCUGCGCCUUCCUUUUUCUCGCCUUCUUUCUCACCCAAGUUCUCCGCACCUUCGUUUGAGGCGUCGCUUGCGCCUUUGGCAGCAGACUCGUUCCCGCCUCCUCCCUUUACGAAUGUCGCUGGCGUCGCUUCCUUGAGUCCUCCGCGCAAGCGACCGCUGCUGCUCUCCCCGCCUGUCGCUGCUGCUGGGAGCACCGUUGCCAAGCCAUUUAUUACUAGCUCUGCCGCCCACAAACACACCCUUCCUGGCGCCCGCCGCCCGGCGGACAUGUCCGCCAGGCUGGCAAGGCUGCUGGAGGAAAUCAAAUCUCCAGGCCGGGCGGCAGCAGCCGCCGCUGCCGCUUUACCUGUAAAUACAGCCAGGGUGGGCGCCGUUAGCAGAGAUCUGAUUCGCCGGCCGGUGAUUCGCCAGGUGGCGGGACGCAAGAGGGCGGGCCAGCAUCACAGCAAUGAUUCGGGCAGUGAGAACAGCAAGAAUGCCCCUCUCCCGGGCCACGUAUCGUAUCGAGACCAGACGGGAAACAUGGGGGGUUCAGAGCGGUUCCAACCGGUCCAGCAGUGUCUAACGCCUGCAGGCGUUCCUGUUAUGUGGCAGGAUGCCACUGGCUGGUCAACGCAGUCAAGCAGGUCAACGGCAGGUGCAAGCGCAGCUUCCAGGAAGCGGAGGGCGAGCUCUGGGGGGGUGAUGAUGGGGGGCCGGCAAGGGGAAGGGGGAGCAGCGGGGGAGGCCGUGUGGCGAGGGGGUGAUGGGGCUGGCGGGGCGCAUUUGGCAGGAUCAGGGGCAGGAGCGGGGGCAGGAGCGGGGGCAGGGAGCAGAGCAGGAGGGGGAGCAGCGGAUGCAGCAGAUGGGGCAGGGGCAGGGGCAGGGGCAGGGGCAGGUUUCUUACCGGGUGGAAGGUUGGAUGGUGCUAUACUGGGGCAGAUGGGGGGGAUGGGGGGGACGGGACAAAUGGGGGGGAUUGGGGGGAUGGGGCUUGAUGCAUCUUCGCUUGAGCGCAUGGGGGUGAGUCCGGGCAUGCUGGCAGGCAUGGGUGUGAAUGCAGACAUGUUGAGGGGCAUGGGUUUGGACAUGGGCAUGCUAGCAAGCAUUGGCGUUGAUGCUGCCAUGCUGCACAAUCUAGGGUUCACUUCUGAGUCCUUGCAGCAGCUAGGCUUGGGGGGUGAGGCUAGUGGAUGUGCUGGCGGUGGUGGCAGUGGUGAUGGUGGUAUGGAUGGCGCUGUUGCUGGUGCCGCAGGUGCCGCUGAUGCUGCUACUAUGCGUGCCGGUUGCUCUGCUGAUGCUUCUGGAGGGGCUGGUGGAAAUGGGGAGUGGAGGAGGGAGGAGGGGAGUGAAGAAGAGGUGGAGGAAAGGGGAGGGGAGGGGGUGGAGGAGUUAUCGAUGGCAGUGGUGCUGCAGAGACUGGAGGAGCUGGCAGAGGCAACAGCAGCACGUGAUGAGUCCCUUCCUCGCCGCCUGCUGCCCCACCUGCGCCCACUCGUGAAUGAGAGGGGCAAUGCAGCGCAGAGGGUAGCAGCCCAUUUCACCCAGGCCCUCGCCGCACGACAGUCAGGGAGCGGGGCGGAGCAGUACAACCGCGGGCUCAACGCGUCCACCCAGGAGAUCGCAGCCUCCAUGGAGCGCUGCUUCGCCUCGCUGCCCUACCUGGACUUCUGCCACGUGGCCGCCAUGCGGCCUGUGCUGGCGGCGGUGAACGGCAGCCGUCGGAUCCACAUCAUCGUGUUUGGGUUCUGGAUGGGGCGAUACUGGCUGGAGCUGCUGCAGGCCCUGGCAGCCUUCCCAGGGGGACCCCCCUCUCUCAGGGUAACAGGCAUCGACAUCACAUGCCGCAACGAGCUCACAGACUCCAAGUCCUCUGCUGCUUUCUCCGGUCGCCUGCUCUCCCGCGCUGCUGCCGCCCUCGCCAUCCCCUUCCGCUUCAAGGCCGUCGAGGAGGUGGAGGUGGAGGAGGGGGAGGCAACAGUGGUGCAGUGCAACAUGAGCCUUCUGUUCCUGGCUGAUGACUCGGUGCUGCGUUCAAACCCACGAGACACGCUGCUCAGGUGGAUCCGCUCGCUCUCCCCACUCACCACCGUGGUCGUAGAGAUGGACGCGCCGCUCAACUCGCCCUUCUUCCUCCCGCGCUUCCGAGCCGCCCUCCGCGUAUUCUCCUCCAUCUUUGCCUCUCUAGACGCUGCCCUGCCACGGGAUAGCCCGCACCGGCACACGUGUGAGCGCCUCUAUUUCGCCCGAGACAUUGUAAAUGUUGUGGCCUGUGAGGGCAUUCAGAGGACGGUUCGGGCGGAGAGUUUGGAGCAGUGGCAGGCUCGGAUGCGCCGAGCCGGGUUUGUAGGUAUGGAGGUGGGGGUGGAGGUGAUGGAGGAGCUUCGGGGGGUGUUGAGGAAGGGAGGGAGGAAGUACGGAGGGUAUGAGGUGGUGCAACAAGGGAAUGGAGUGAGGUUGCUGUGGGAAGGGGUUCCUGUGCUGGCAGCUUCGAUGUGGCUGUAA